GGUUAAUGUUAAGAAUAUAGGUUAAAACGUUCGCAAAUGAUAAGCAUUUAGUAUUUGAAAAUGGCUCAAUUACUACUGACAACGAUCCUGUUAAUUGGUUAUUUUUGCAUUGUGACUUCGGAUGUUUCCCCGUAUUACAGAAAUCACUGUGAGACGAACAACGACUGUGUCGAUCAAUCAUUAUGUUGUUCAAUAGCACCGUUGAUCGUUGGCAAACGUUUAUUAGACAGUCACCUGGAUAAAAGAUAUAACCUGCAAUACUGCAUGCCAUACAAGAAUGAAAGCGCAACAACAUGUCAUCUUCGAUUACAGUACUCACCAGAAAAGCCAAAUUAUUAUAGUAUCUUUAAUGAAUGCCCAUGCGCACCUGGACUUAAAUGUACACCUUCAACAGAUCUACCAUCGCAUUAUCCUAAAGACCGAUUUGGAAAAUGUACAAAGACAAAUCUAUAGAUUUAUUUUUGUAAUAAAAUUUAUCAAAUGUCAGUACACUGUCAAA